GUACUGGUUGAAAGGUGUGUUUCCCUGCCCAGACUCUACCAAGAGGUGGGAUAAAACGGUGCAUACCCUCUCUUCUGCAAAAGAGCAUUUCCUUAUUGUACCAUCUCAAUCUGCUGUCUUAACAGCAACAGCACAUCCAAUGAUGCCAGAGGUGUGGGGUGUUGGAACCAUGCAGGUGUUCCCUGUAUAAAUUCUGAAAAUACUUAUAAGCUCAGAACUGUCUGAUCUUUGAGGGCAAGGGUUACAGAGAAAGUCCAACAAUAUGGCAAGAAUAACAAAAAAUACAUGUUGCUUUAUCACCUUAUUUUCUACCUUACUUUGGGGAUUUACUUCAGAUUACAAAUGGCUGAAUGAUUCAGAUGACAAAGGUCAUGAUGAGUUUGUCAUUUCCCAAAUGAACCGCACAAAGCUCCUGAAGUCAGCUUGUCAGCAAAGCAAUCUGAGCAAGCCUUUUGGUAGAAUGAGUCCAUUCGUUGCCAGGAGUCUAUUUGUGGAGCAAAAGCACAAAUUCAUCAUUUGUGCAGUGCCUAAAGUGGGGUGCACUAACUGGAAGAGAAUCAUAUUACUUUUGAAAUUGAAUUUAAGCACUGAGGUUCAUUUUGAGCAUAAUGCUAUCCAUGAAUCUGCUUUCUUGAAGAGGUUAAGUGAUUAUCCUGCUGACCAACAACGUAUGAUGCUUACCAAUUAUACCAAAGUCAUGUUCACUCGGCACCCGUUCCAAAGAAUUGUUUCAGCAUACCGGGAUAAAUUCCUUCACCCAGGGGAUUAUUAUAAACAUAUAGCAAAUAUUAUCAAGUCCCAAGUCAGAAAGGUCAACACACCAGAGCCUGUCACAUUUAAAGAAUUUGUCCAAUACAUCGUUCAGCAGGUGCCAACGUGGCUGGAUAUUCAUUGGAUGCCAAUGCAUCUUCUCUGUGACCCAUGUAAUAUCAACUAUAAUAUUUUAGGGAAAUUUGAAACCCUAAAGAGGGACUCUGACCAAGUUUUAAAAACAAUAGGAGCACCCAGUAACCUAAAAUAUCCAGAACUUAAACAAUACAAUGAGUCCAGAACAGAUACAAACAUUGUUGAUAAAUAUUUUUCAACCCUUCCACUCAAUGUGUUGGACCUUUUGGUGAAGCUAUACAAUCAUGACUUUAUGCUUUUUGGUUACUCAUAGAAAAGCAACAUGAGGGACUGCAUUUAUACUGGCACUGCACUAGAAGCACUGGUUCAGUAUGAUUAACAAAAGAUACAAUUUUAGCAAGUAUCAAUUUAUUAUUCAUUUUAAUACACAAAUUGACAUCACUCCCAAAUUUACUCUUUGAUUUCCCUAAAGAUUUAAUUGAAGAAAAUUAAAUCUUUGCAAAUAUGUUUUUUCUUGUUUUUACAGUUUUCAUGCAGCGUCGAGCUUGCACCCUUACCCCCUUUCCCCAUUUUAACCCCCCGCCCCCAACUUACACCCGGACACACACAUGGACGCUGUGGGUUGGGAAGAGAAGGUCGCAGUUAUUUAUUUAUUAACAAUAAACUUAAAUCCGUUAACAUUUUAACAUUAUAAACUUGUACAAAACCAUUUGUAUAACAAACAUUUACAAUACCCAACAUUUACAGUAACAACAAUCCCUGAGCCCAAACGUAACGCCUGGUUCCUGCCUCCUUUUUCCCUGACCUAAACCGAGGCUAACUGCCGAUCAGGACCCCAGGCCUACCGGGCUACAGUCUCCUUGACAACUUAAACUUCCCCCUGAGGGCACGGAGUAAGGUACCCUCCGCUAACUGCGACAAACGACCCCCGUUCUAUAGGGAGGGAGGGUGGGACGUCACGAGCUGCCGAUCCUCACACUGCCUGGAACUAACUGACGGUAGGACUGCCUUGGUUACCCCUCCCCUUACUAAGCCCGGGAAUUUCCAAGGCCCUCAUUGGCCAGCCCCAGUAACCCAAAGGAGGAGAGGGGGGGAAGGGGGGCAGGCUGCCCUCCUUAACCCUGUCAUGCCCUGCUUCCCUACACUAGGUUCUGGGUCAUUGGGUCCCAUUCUGAAACCUUGUUACUGUCAAUAAAUUUAGAUACAUUUUUUAUUAGGAAAGGGUUCUUGUUACUCUGGUCAACAGGGCUGGGCCAAGUCGCCGGGCGCCCAAGGCAACCCAGCUAGUCACCUCUCUCCCCCGUGAAUGUGCGUGAACAAACGCAUGCACCACCAUAUGCAUGCUCGCAAUCUAAUGCCGGAAGGCCUGAGCAGUGAAGUAUUGGUGGCGGGGACAAGACAAUCAGGAUUAGGGGUAAGCAUUAGAGGUAACUGCCUAGCCCCCCCCCCCCACCAUUACGCCCUAGGCAGGUGCCUUUUCUGCCUGCCUCUAGUUCCGGCCCCAGCCUGUUUUCUGGGGCCGGAUUUCCAGUGAAUUUGACCAAAACAAUAGCGAUGCCCCCUUAAUCCCCAACUAAAAAAGUCUGUGGUGAGGCCUUUCCCUUUUAAAUGGGCUGCAAAGUCGAUCCAAUUCUUGGGAAUACAGAUCCCAACACAGAUUCAGGCUUAAUAUAGAUUAAAUAUCACUCCGUUAUGAAAUACAUUGAUCCAAGAACUCAAUGUAUAGUCAAAAUUACCAGUUAAUCAUUUAGGAAAACACCACUUAAUCAAGAUGAUAUGGUUCCCCUGUCUGCUUUAUCCAUUACAAAUGCUUCUACUUUUUCUGGCUCGGAAAGACCUAACUAGAUUAAAUAAAGCACUAAGUUGUAGUGCACUAAGUCUAUAUGGAGUGGAAAACACCUCUCAAAUUAGUAGAAAUAAAUUGCAACUAUCGGGAUCUCAAAGAGGGGUUAAUCUCUGAGAUAUACACCCUUACUGUAUAAUUUGGCCUGUAAUUUAAGAUUUGCAGCAGACUGAGUUAACAAUAGAGAACUUUACGCAUUGCCUCUUAUAGAUCAAGCACUUACUUUUUUAGGCCUUUCUUUUACAUUCUGAACAACUUCCAAAAGCAGUAAAGGAUAAUCCAUUAUUGUAUACUACAAUUACUGUAGAGCUUGGCGAGCUGCACAUCAUAGAUUAUCUAUCUCACCUUCACUGUCACCCUUUUUAUAGGCAACCCACAUUUUUUGAAUAAUUAUACUGGAAACCCAUUCCUUACCCGGGCAAAAGAUGGGCUCACACAAGUAAGACGCCUUUCUCAUAUUCCCAAUAACCCAUAUUCAUUUGCAAAUCUUAAAGAACAUGACCCCUUAAUAACUUGGGAUUUUUUUUCAUAUUUACAAGCAAGGCAUUAUGCACAAAUGGUGAUUCGUGCUAUUCCACCACAGGAAAUUGAUAAUCCAAUAGAUUGUCUAUUUCGGUUGGCUACAAUCAAACCCUCCACGUCCAUCCUCUAUAAGAUUAUGAAAAUCUCCCUAUCUGAAAGGGAUUUUGGAAGAGGCGUGCGUAAGUGGUUAGAACAAAUCCCCAAUCUUACACGAGACUCACAGAGUCCUAUAUAACAAGCUUAAUGUGUUUCGUGGCUUCAUGCCACUACAUCAGAUGCUUAACAAAUCUGCUUAUUGUAUGGAUUGGUUGGAAGCUACUCUCAAUAGAGAGUGCCAAGCUGAAAUCUUUUUUGCCACCUUGGUAAAAUAUGUGCAAACACUAUCUCCCACACGACAACAAGAAAUAUCUUAUACAUUUAGGCUUACCACAUGUCGGAGGAGUUAGCAGGGAGAAAUCUAAUAAUAAAUACAACUUAAACAUAUGGGGAUAUUGACUAAAGCUCUGAUAUAAGAGCAGUUGGAAUAAGAGGGGCUCUAGGAAAGAAAAAUAAAUUGUCUAUUUUCAGGGUAAUUUGAAGUGUAACAUGUGUUGGAUCAUUGAGGAAGGUCAAAGAAAGAAUGUGUAGAUCCAACUCAGUUUCUAUGUGUAACCCUGUGUAUAAAUACAAUGACAUGUUAUAUUCUAUGUAUGUGUAUUUUACUGGUGCAAAUAAAAACAUUUUAAAAAAGGGAGGGAGAGAGCACAUGGUUCUGUCCAGGGUUGGUGGGUUACUGUAUAAUUCUGUAUAUGUGUUAAUGAUAAGAAUAAUACAACCUGCAUGCACUGGACACUGGAGGUUGGGUGCUGGGUGUGACUAGUGAUUCUAUUAUAUUUUUUUUUAUUUAUUUUCACUGUGCAAUUUGGGCUGUUUUGGGCAAUAUUUGAAAUUAUUUUUUACUUUACCUUAACCAAAUAGCAGGAAUGGUGUUUGUUUGGACAUGGAAUAAUGGUAUUGGGGGCAGGAAUAGGCAACUUUCUGGCAGGACUGGAUGUGGCCACUGUAGUAUCAUUGUGGCUCCUAGUCUGCUCCAGGGCUCCAUAAGCUUCAUUGUAUGGUAUAAUUUGAAAAUAAUCUGGCCCUCAACCACUCAGUAUUACUUUGUAUGACUCAGUGAUACUACAUUACUACAUAUAAUAAGUAAGUUAGCACUGAUAUAAUGUAAAGGGCCAAAGGACUGUAAACCUUCAUAACCAUGAGAAGAUUCAUUUGUGUACAUCAUGCCAUUUUAACGGAAUA